GAAGAUCGUUGCACAAUGAUGGAGGUUUCAGCUUUGAGGUGCGGUCUUAUCUGUACUGUCUUCUGACUAGGGUGGCCACAGUUUACGGCCUGUCCCUAGACUGAAGCAGUGUGGAUUACUUCGAUUAACUUCCUAUCUGGAAGUACCGAACCCGUUUUAAGUUAUAUUCCUCAAUGGAACAUCACUUUAUAUCGGGUAUCUCGAUAUUGAAACGAAGUUUUAAGAAACACAAAGAAUACUUAUCCUGAAUAAAAUCAUUGGAAUAAAAGAAUUGUGAUAUUUCCUAGUCUUCUGUGAAGUGACCAUUUGUGUGUGUGUGUUAAUCAUUAGUCAACGUUUUCACUGGAUUAAUUUUUCACAACUUCUUCCACCGUACAUAUUUGACUAUUUCAUGGAGAAAAAUUCUGUAAUCUCAAUGAGUUGUGCCGCACGAAUUGUCAAGACAAACUUGCGACUAAAUUUACGAGAUGCCCGUCACAAACAGCAAACAAAUUUUGAAAAAAGUGGCACUUCUGGAAGCCUUAGUCCCAAUCUACAACCUGCUACACCCCCUUCAUUUCCAAAUAAAGAACCUCUCACUGCCACCAAGAUAGCAGACAAAUAUUUGCUAUUAAAUCGACUGGAGGGCAGCACCCUCAGACGUUGCAUUCACAUUCAAAGUCAGCAAGAAUAUGUUUGCAAGGUUGUGCCAAAUGAAAGGUAUCGUGACGUUCUACGUGGCCACUUCCGGUUGGACUCUCACCCCAAUAUAAAUACCGUUGAAGAGGUUCUUGUAGGACGAUCGAGUACCUACGUAGUGUUUCCUAGGUGUUAUGGUGAUCUUCACUCUUAUGUUCGAAACAAAAGAAACCUUCGAGAAAAAGAGGCCCUACAUUUGUUCAAGCAGGUGGCUUCGGCAGUUGCAGCUUGUCAUUCAGCAGGCAUCGUCUUGAGGGAUCUAAAACUCAGGAAAUUCGUUUUCAAAGAUCCCGAACGAACACUUUUGAAAUUGGAAACUUUAGAUGAUGCAGUUGUAUUAGACGAAAAAGAUGAUUGGUUAAAGGAUAAGCAUGGAUGUCCUGCCUAUGUGAGCCCAGAAAUCCUAAGUCCUACUAAUUACUAUUCUGGUCGUGCUGCAGACUGUUGGAGUCUAGGUGUUAUGUUAUAUACAAUGUUAGUCGGUCGUUAUCCUUUUCAUGAUACAGAACCCACAGGACUUUUUCAUAAAAUUCGUAGAGGUUGUUACACGGUACCAGAACACCUUUCAUGUAGAGCAAAAUGUCUCAUCAGGAGUCUACUCAGAAUGGACCCAUCUGAAAGACUAACAGCUGAAGAAGUAUUAGAUCAUCCGUGGUUUCGUAACUUUAAAUCUUGUGAUGAACUUAAUGCAUCAACAGAUCAGAUGGUUCCUGAUGCAGAAUUUAGCAAUGAAGAAGAUUCUCCUUUGUUUAUGUGAUUAUUUAUAAUUGGUAUUUUGUUCUCCAACAUGGCAGCUACUCAUGCAGUAUCACUUCCCAUUUAAAAACUACCUGGUAACUAUAAGUGUUGUGCACAGUUUUUUUUUCUUCCCAUUUUUGCCAUUGCAUUUUUUCAUUACUCAUUAAACAAAUCAUUUAAUUAUUUUUUUAAUGUGAAUGAUGCAAUAAAUCAGUUAUUAACUGUAUAUAAAAAUCAGGUGAAAUGAAUUUCUCGACUAGAAUCAUUUUUGAAAAUGAAUAUGAAAUGCCAAAUAUGAUCAUAUUUAUGAAUCAGCUAAGCUUGUAGAAAAGCAACAUAUAGGGCUUUAAAAUGCAAUUUCAAUUGCCUUUAAUGUAUUGUUCUUCAUGAACUCUGCAUGGCAUAGAGAAUGUUCUUUUUUCCCCUUUAUGUUUGGUGUUGCCAGGUUGUUGUAAGAUGAUUGCAUUUUUGCACUGCCAUAGCACCUACUAGCGCAUUUGACUUUAUGAGGUGUUUCAUGCAUGAAGUGUCAAUUCAAGAAGUUUGUGUUGAUGUCUUGUGAUGUGGAAAAAGUUUCAUGUUGUAAAAAGGUAAUUGUAGACUUUGACAAUUGUUUUUUUGUGUCAAACUUUGGUCUUUCUCUUCUGUGAUGCCAGAUAUUCUUGGCUUCAGAUUGUUGUUUCGUCUUCGACGCUUUUUCUCAGGUAGUUACAGUCUAACUGAGAAAUUGAUAGUACUUUGUUUUUCAUUGAUGGUACUUUGUUCCUCAUUUCAAAUUUAGGCGCAUAGAGUAAUUAAGAAAUUCUCAAUAUUAAUUUAGUUUAACGAUGCAAGCAAUAUUAAAAAGGAAAGUAGUUUCUUUAUGAAUAUUCUAUUUUACUUUAUGCAAAUGAAAUUUUGUUAAACUUGUGUUUCAUAGUGUUAAUGUCUAACAUAUUAAAAUAGGAUAAAAUUAUUUAAAAAGGGCUUCUUGUUUUGAUGUAAGAAUAAAAAUUCUGUUGCAUCAAUUUUUCAUGUUGAUUUGGUAGUUGUCUGGUGCAUAUAAUGCAUCAAAAAUUUGUGAUUAAAUAUAUUAAACGUUUUUAAAGAAAGAGGUUAGUUUACGAAUUCAUUUUUUCAAUCAAGUUUGUUUCAAAAUGAAACAUAAAUGACUUGUUUCAGUGUAUACUCUGUGGUGAGUUAGAAAUAAUUUUGUACAUAAUGUAGAUGAUUGUUUCUGUAUGUUUAAGGCAAAGUAAAAUUCAAACUGACUGCAAACUGUUGUAAAUUUCAAUUUUGAAAAUUCUUUAUUAUGUUUAUAAGUUUUCUUUUUCUAUUAAUAUUUAUUAAUUGCAGUGCAGUUUUUUUCUUUGCAUUAGACAUAUGUAUAAAAGAAGUUUAGGUAUUCUAGAAUAUUAUCUUGGUGAUUGUGAAAAUGUAUUUGUUCUCAGUAUAGGUUAGAACUUCUGUGGGAUGAUUUAGAAUGUCAACUACCUAUGCACUUUUAAUGUAAAAAAUUUUCAAGACAAACCCAUACAUGUUAAAGUA